GAAAUGGCUACAUUGAAGGCAAAGAGCUGGAAAACUUCUUCCAGGAGCUGGAAAGCGCGAGGAAGGGGGCGGGUGUGGACUCCAAGAACGACAACUUGGGUGACAAGAUGAAGGAGUUCAUGCACAAGUAUGACAAAAACGCGGACGGCAAAAUCGAGAUGGCGGAGCUGGCCCAGAUCCUGCCCACG